CAAGGCCGGGCGGAGAAAAAGGGGAGGCAGACUGAUGGGUGAGGAUCCACAGACGCUUUCAGUCGCGUUCAGGACAUCAGGGAGGACAGACAACAGAACCCUUGAGAAUGAGCCUGAGACGAAGACAACUUAACCAAACACACAGCGACAGGCAGACGAGCCAAAGACAACUUUACCAAAUACUAAGAAGACAAUGAUGACUUUGCUAAUACACGUCAACUAGGUGAGGGACAAAGGACAAGUUAACUAAUGCUUGUGAACUAGGACAGAGGACAACUUUACUAACACACGUCAACUAGGACAGAGGACAACUUUAUAAAAUACUAAAACUAGUAGAGAUGUCAGAGAAAACUUUAUCAAACUGAUCACAACUUAAAAAGGAGUGUCUCGUUUAAAGCCUCAAUGAGAUGGGGAACAUUGCUCCAAAAUAAUCCACAACUAGAAUAAGUUCCUGGAUAUCUUUACUAAACACCUGUCAACCAAGAGAAGAACACUAUUUAUUCCCAAAACAUUAGUUACAGGAAGAAUUUACCUUUAGAAUAUCAACCAACGCCUAAAAGAAGGUAAACACCGAUCCUAAGAAGAAGCCGGCUCCAUCUCUACCAGGCACCUAUAAAAAUGUACCUAAACCAAUCACAAAUCAUCUUUACCCGAAAACCCACUGUUUUGAGGCGAGCCUAUGUUGAAGAGAGAAGACACUGCCUUUCAAAAAUCAGCUCAGAAGCCAAACACUGAGAGCAGCCUACACCGUGAGUAAGUCAGCUUAACCAAGCACAUAAKACGUUCACAAGUCUCAAACCAUCUUUACCUGGAAAACCACAUUGGUGAAAGGACUGGACACUUUAGAGAAGAGGCUUGUCCAUGUGUUGGUUCCGUGUGGUGUGGAUGCUGAGAGGUAAGACAAGGAUGAGUGUGAAGAGAGCAUCGAUGGCAYGCGGGUCGAUGAGGUGCCAUCCAGCUUAUAUGUAAACAAAGUGCCAUACCCAUGCUACGACCAGCCUGGCACAGAGGGGGGUGGGCACUGGGGAGCACCACACUCUCUCCUUUACUCCUACUGCUCCUCUCCAGUCUGCAGGAUCCCCCAUUAACUGAKGCCACGAAGAUGAAACUUGAAGAGUUGAUCUCUAAACGGAAUGAAUAUAGGGAGAACUGCACCAGGAUUUUAGCAGAAAGCAUCUUCUCAGAAACUGGAAUCUACUGUAACGGGAUGGUUGACGUGUUUGUGUGCUGGCCCCACUCAGCUCCCGGCAACGUGUCAGUGCCCUGUCCUUCCUACCUUCCCUGGAUUACAACGGAUGACUCCAGGAGAGUGUACAUGGAGUGUCUGUCCAAUGGGUCCUGGCGACUCCAGGAGAAUUCUACGGAUGUCUGGCGGGAGAAGACWGAAUGUGAUGACCAAGACUUCUUUAAACCCGAGGAAGAUGAGUGGUUUCGCCAUGCAGCCCUGAGGGUCAUCUCCAUCGUUGGCUACUCUCUGUCCCUCUCCUCCCUCUCUCUGGCCACUCUGCUCAUGGGCAUUCUCAGGAAGCUCCACUGUACGAGGAACUACAUCCACAUGAAUCUGUUUGUGUCCUUCAUGUUGAGAGCCAUAGCCGUCUUCAUAAAGGAGAUCGUGUUACAUGUCAUGUACACCAAGCUACCCAGUGACGACCAAGGGUGGAACUCAUACUCCAACUCAGUGAUAACGGUGGUAUGUAAGGCCUCCCGGGUGUCCAUGGAGUAUUUUGUAGCCUGUAACUACUUCUGGCUCCUGGUAGAAGCAAUCUUCCUCCAGACCCUCCUCUUCACCYACGUCCUCACCAAGAGACGGCUGCUCAAGAGAUACAUGCUCAUUGGCUGGGGUACUCCAUUCGUGUUUGUGGUGCCAUGGGCAGUGAGCAAAGUUUUAUAUGAAAAUAAAGGGUGCUGGAACAAUGAGAAUAGAUGGAUCUGGUGGAUAAUAAGGGGACCCAUCACUUUAUCUGUGUUGGUCAUUUUCUACAUAUUCAUCAAAAUACUAAUGUUGCUGCUCUCAAAGUUAAAGGCAGACCAAGUGAAAUUCACAGACUACCGAUACAGCUUGGCCAGGGCUACGAUAGUCCUGAUCCCUCUACUGGGGAUCCACGAGGUAGUUUUCACAAUACUGAUAGACGAGAGUGUGGAGGGAAGCAGCCGCUAUGCCAGGAACUUCAUUAACCUCACCCUCAGCUCCUUCCAGGGAUUCUUGGUUUCUGUGCUGUACUGCUUCGCCAACGUAGAGGUCCAGACGGAGCUGAAAAAGCGAUGGCAGCUCUUCCUGUUCACAAACCACUUCCAGGUCAUGCCCUGCAUCGACUUCCGGGGCGAACCCCUCAAACAUCUGUGGAAGUGCUCUAGAGGCCGACGCCCCCAUGGCUCCCAGCAGAGCGAAUCAUACGAGGAGGGGGGUGGGCCUGCCACACACUCCCACUUGCUGCAGGUGGCCUUGCAGGGGCAAGGAGGGCGACGAGAGGUGGAAGGAGGGGAGGUGGCAGGGUGGCGAGAUAGGGAGAGAGACACGGGAGGAUUGGAGUUCCARACCAGGAAGAGCCUGUCAAGUAGCGAUGGAGAGAUGACGCUGGGAGAGACCAUGGAGGAGAUACUGGAGGAGAGCGAGUUCUGACCUCCUCCAUCUUGUGGACACUCCUUGUCAGGAUUGGUUAGGUUACCUGUCCAAAAUUGUAAUCAGUAAUGUAACUUUUGGAUUACCCAAACUCAGUAACAUAAUCUGAUUACUUU